AGGCCGGAGCGCAAGAUAGCAUCGCAAAGGUGCCUGAAACACCGAUUUCGAUGGCCGUCACUAAUCUCCUCCGAUCCCUGUUUGGGCCGGCUAACAUAUCCAAUGCUGAGGAGGAGAAGGAGGUCAAGCUGCAGGAUGUGAGCCCAGAGGACUACCCGACCCCUCAGAAGUACCUCGAGGGUGCCCCUAUCCCAAGCUGGUACUCCUUCCAGAGUAACCUGGUGGGGGAUAUGGACUUGAAACCAGGCAUGGCCCGCAUGCUAGAGGUCGACAAGAGGCUUACUGUUCCUACGCGGACCCACAUACGAUUCCUAAUCACAGGAGCUGACGUUAUCCAUUCAUGGUCAGUACCAUCAUUGGGCAUCAAAUGUGAUGCUACUCCCGGCCGGUUGGUGAAGAUCAACACCUUCAUACAGCGUGAAGGCGUCUUCUAUGGUCAGUGUUCGGAGCUCUGUGGGACCCUACAUGCGUUCAUGCCCAUCGUGGUCGAGGCGGUUAGUCCGGAAGCAUUCGCUGCUCAUGCUAAGAAGUGGUAUAAGGACUAGUCUAGGCCUAGGGAGAGGAGUAGGAGUUGACACCAUUAUAACCAUCAUCAUCCCUCUUUUAUAUUACUAACACUCCGAGGCUAGCAGCCCGGAGAUACCGUACCGGGCCGAUAUCAUGUUUGCUCUAC